GCUGCAUAUUUUGUACUUGCACAAUUUUUGUCAAACGUACCGUUUUCCUCGUUUUCUGUUAGGGUCACCUGUUUAAGCUCAGGUGCUGUGCUGCCAGUGUUCCGUUGCUUUCUCAAACCUUCCUCUCUCCCUUUUUCUCUUGACGGCUGAUUGAAGUCUCGGUUUGUCUCUUGUUGAAAGAGAGUUUUCUUUUCCCUUGUCAUUUAGCUUUAGGAAUUUGACCGUGAGGCUCAGUAUUUUUUUUUUUAUUCUUACAACAUAGUUCUUCUUUUGAUCUCUUUUUCUUCUUCUUUAUUUUUGAUCAUUUUCUUGUUUCUCUUUUCCCCUCUUCUGCUUCUCAUCACGUGUCGUUUUGAGGAGAACAUAGGACAGGAUUUAAGAGGUUUCAAUUGGUUUGCUUUAGAGUCUGUUUUGAUUUCUAGCGGCAGUUUGUGAACACGAUCGAGACGUUGAAGGUACUCUCAAAGUACGAAAAAUAAAGCAGCACGAAAGCACACAGCGUAGAGGUUUCUUAUCUCUUUUUCUUUUCGUGCGUGAGUAAAUCGGAAUUGUUUGUACUGAAAGCUGCUCUGCACCUGGUUUUUAUCACACGUUUAUCGCUAUAACAAAGGUGGUUGAGUCUUGUAGUCGCGCAGCGAGACGUUUAUUAUUAUUAUUAUUAUUAUUAUUAUUAUUAUUUCUCUUUCGUACCGCGUAUACACUUUUUCAUCAUUCACUGACAACAUAGUACCAUCCAAACUACAAGCGUGUUCACAUACGCACAUACACAUCCAGCCAUUGACCGUCCUUGCUUUGAGAUGGCCAGUGAAACUAUGGACGGAGCAGUGGUCUCGUUUGAGUACCUCGAUUCCAAAAAGAAGUGGUGUUGGUCUGUGGGACAGGUCACUUCCUCAGAUGAUCACCUUUGCACCGUUAAAGAGUGGUCGGGCGCGUCGGUUGACAAAGCGUUCUCUGAAAAGGUAGAGUCGGAAGUAGGAGCAUCAAAAGAAGAGGCCCGCAAGUGCCAGGAGCGUUUACUGUCCAUUCGUGAUCAAAUGGACAAGGAGUCCAUGGGUGAGUCCAAGGCCGAAAAGGAGCGUACCGCGCAGGACUUGAGUGAGUGUUUGGCCGAGAUUGGCAAGCAUCGCCGUCAUUAUCGCUCCUUGGAGGAAGAUCUGAAAAAGUUGAUCUCUGCUUCUCCUGCUCAACUUAAGGUCAAAGCGUUUACACCUUCAACUAACACGUUGACUAUCUUACGCAGCUCUGUUCUCAAGGAAGUCGUUGUGUACUCUUUAUCUAUGGCAUUGCUUUCAUCUGAAGAAUACGAAGCCAUGGAAAGCCUUUCUGCCCAGCAUCGCUCCCAAAUGGCGAAGGAAUUGGCUCAUGCCAAUGGAUCUGUGGAGGAAGCUCUAAACAAGUUCAGCGAGAUGCAAGAACAGAUUCACGACCUAGAAAGCAAAGUGAAGCAACUGGAUAACGUUCCUUUGGCUAGUCGUGGGGUAGCUCGAUCGGAGGAAAUUUCCAAACUUCAGGACAGAAUUAAGGAACUAGAAGCGCUCGACUGGCGCUGCACAUUGGACGAAAAUGCGGCUUUGGUGUCAACCAACCACUCGUAUGACUUUCCUUGGGAUGAUGGGAAACUCCUGUUACAUCAUAAACCGGAGGAAACAAAGGCUGUUGUCACUGCCGAAAUUGCGUUUGCGUGCGGCGUUCCUAUUUACUGCGUCACGACAACUGCACUCAAAUGCGAUGACCGCAAUCUCGGUGUUGAAUUCUCAGUUAGUCACCCGCUGAACGUUUCUCUCAAGAUAAUUGACGAGCGCGUUGCAAACUACUGCUUCCCUUCUCUGCAGCACCUGCAUCAGAACCCUCUCGGUGAAAAAGCGGGACUAGAUCACGCAAUAGAGGAAAUCGAACGCGCGCUUGGCAUCCCUGAAGGUAAGCACGAGGGUCUCUAUUUCAGCGAGUUUGUUGAAAACAUGCCCGAUAUGUCUUUCAGCAACGACAAAGACGCUUACGAGAGUGAGAUUGGAGACCUUUUGAUGCUUCUGGACAAGAUCAACAAUGAGAACAGAUCUUUGCAGUAUACCCUGGACAAAGCCACUGAAGAGCUAAAGAAACAGGUUACUGCGGCGCAAAAAGAUCAAGAGUCUCUGAACAACGAGGUUGCACGGCUUCGUGACAUUAUCGCGAAACUGAAGGACCUUGCCGACCAGCAGGAGAAAGAGUUGGAAGAAAACCGCCUUCAACGACAACGUGCUGAGCAAGCCCGUUUCCGCCGCAAUCUACAGCCUCCUGCUGAGAACGCUGGAAACCCUGAAUACGCAGUAACGAUGGAUGAGUACACUCGCCAGCGUGAUGCCGCGGAUGAGGCGCAGGAAGCAUUCGAGCAAGAAAAGGCAAAGGCGGAAGAGAUGUUUGAGCGUUUGAAGCAAUACGAAGACGAGUCGAUGCGGUGUGCGGAGCACCAAAAGGAUCUAGAAGAGGCGCUAGCCGCCAAAGAUCAAGCUGCAGCCGACAGUUCCAGCGCACUCGAGAGCGAACUGCUUGACGUUCUGAUGCAGCUGAAAGCUUCUGAAGCCUGCUGCAAGGCUCUCAAAGAAUUGAAUGCUCAGCAGGCGGCGGAGUUGAAGGAAUUCAGGACGAGACGCAUCGCCGCGUUUGUGGCCCGCGAAACGCAUGGGGGGUUGGAGAUUCAUGAGCCAUCACUUGCAUGCGAACAGUCUGAGAGCUCGGCAGUCAACCCGGAUCUCUUGGCCCAAGAGCCUUUGUAUUGCGUCACUGAAGAUGAGUACAAGAGCAUGCAAAACUUGGCCGAUGAGCAGGCUAAUCAAGUGGGGGAACUGACAGAACAACUUGCAUCGCAACAGCAACACUUCCAUGAGCUUCAGAACGACCUUCAGGCAGCGCAACUGGCCGAGCCCAUGAAAGAAGAGGUGGCUGCGUUCCGCGCGAAGCGCAACGAUGCGCUUGCGGCUCGCGAUGCCGACGAGUCGCUGCCGACCGAUGAGAAGCCGCUGUCGACUGAGGAUGCGGUAGCACGCGCCGUGGACCCGCAGCAGAUCGCGGACGAGCCGCUGUACGUUGCGACGCUGGAAGAGCUACAGGAUGCUCGCGACGCUGCUGAGCGCGAAAAGGAGGCGGCCGACGAUAGUUGCGCUGCCGUGGAAGCUGAGCUCCUUGAUGUCUUGACGCAGAUGAAGGCACUGGAGGGGGAAAAUGCUGCCCUGUGUGCCGUUGGAAAGGAGAAGGAUGACUUGGUGGACGAGCUGAAGCAGCAUGACUGCCGUGCAAACAACAGCGAUAAGACGAAGCCGCAGUCGACGACAAGCCACAAGAAGGUGUUCGAGGGCGAUGACUGGGGUGUUCUGCUGAAGAAGCCGCAUGCGCUGCACGACGCAUUCGUGACUGAUGUGAGCGCUGCGUGCCGUGUUGGUCGUGAGGACGUGACGGGAGUUGCGUUUGAGCUUGGCAGCCUUCACGCGAGUGUGGACGUCACGCACAACAGCGACCUGAGUGGCGAAGCUGUCACGAAGAUGCUGGAUGACUACCACUACCCCAACAUGUGGACGCUGUAUGCGAAUCGGGACAGACCAAAGGAAGGAUUGGAUGCCGCCGAGGAAACGAUAGCGCAGUUGGAGGAGGCCCGUGCUGCGAAGGAGGAGGAGGCCGCGCGUCUUGCAGAUGAGCUGGAGAAGAAGAGGACGGAGGCGGCGAAGCUCGCCGAUGAGGUGGCUGCGUUCCGCGCGAAGCGCAACGAUGCGCUUGCGGCUCGCGAUGCCGACGAGUCGCUGCCGACCGAUGAGAAGCCGCUGUCGACUGAGGAUGCGGUAGCACGCGCCGUGGACCCGCAGCAGAUCGCGGACGAGCCACUGUACGUUGCGACGCUGGAGGAGCUCAAGGAGCAACGUGAACAGAACGCUCAGAUGACGCACGACAUGGAUGUUCUUGGCGAGCGGAUCCGCGAUGCGAUGGAGCCGAUCGAAGCUGAUGGAGUGGCUAGCGAGGCUGUGCUGGACCAGCUGGAAAAAUUGUUGAAGGAGUUAGAGGACGCCCGUGAGGCUGAGCAGGCAGCUCGCGACGAUGCGGACGAAAAGAACACCAAACUGGAUGAACUCCGCGACGUUUUUGCGGCAGAAGACGAGCGUCAGAAGAAUGAUCUUGAAGAGGCACGCGGGGAAAUCGAACGUUUGCAGCGCGAGCUUGAGUUGCUGACGGACAAGCUUGAUGAGGCGUGCAAACUCUACGGAGAUGCCGAUAUGGCCAAUGCGGAGGGGGUCGAAAAGAUGGAGGCGUUUGCGGAUUUGGUGGCUGCGGCUCAGGACUCUGAGAAAGAUGCUCGGAAUCAGCUGGAGGCGAAGGAGGACGAACUGGCGCAGCUUCGACAAGCGCUGGAGGAUGCUCGCUCUCACGACGACGCGAUCGACGCUCUUCAAGACGAAGUGGCGCAUCUGCAGAGGGAGAAGGAGAUCGCCGAGACGGAGUUGGUGAACGCACAGAAGGAUCUGAACGACGCGAAUCAGGACCUCCGCGCUGCGGAGGACAAGGCGGCUGAGAAAGAGAGGGAGGUGGAGAGCAUGACGCUCGACCUCGACGCGCUGAACAACCGUAUCCAAGACCUGCUUGAGGAGUUAGAGGAGAAGACCGAUCAGUACAACCAAGUGAUCAAGGAUCUGGACGACUUCGCUAAAAACCAAAACCGCGAGGAUGAGAAGGAAUUGCUGCAACGCCUUGCAGCCCGCGAACAGGAGCUCUUUGAACUGCAAGAAGCGCGCCGCGGCGAGAACGACGAGCAUGAGAAGCAAGUCAAUGUCUUGCAAGAUCAGAUCAACCGCUUGCGUGAUCAGACGGACAAAGACAAUACGCUGCACGACGGCCUGCAGGGCGAGCUGGCGCGGUCGCGCAAGGCGCUCGCCGAUGCAGAGGAGGCCGUACGGGCGAAGAACGCGGAGAACAACGCGCUUCGGGAUGACAUCGAAGGCAUGAUCGAUGAGCAUGACACCCAAAUGCGCGAGGCGGACGGGAAGUUGGAGGACAAGAGCAAGGAGGUGUCCGACGCGUUGGAGCGCCUGGAGGAGAUGACUGCGAUGGUGCAGGAUGCCCGCGAGAGUGAGGAGAGCGCGCUGCGCCUGCGCGCAGAUUCCGACGCGGAGGUGUUCCGCCUUCAGAAGGAGCUCGACCAACUCAAGCAACUGCAAAACUCCAUGACCGAACCCGGUGUUGAUAAGGAUGGCCUCAUGGCACAAGUCAUGGACGCCGAGGCACAAGUUCGCGACGCCGAGGCCGCAUUGCGCAAUAAGGACGCUGAGUUCGAUGACGCAGAGCGCAAUUGGCGAGAGAAGCUUAAUAAAGCCGAGGACCUCAAUAGCGAUAUGCGCCGUCUGCUCAAGCGCUCAAUGGCUGCCCUGUCCAAGUCGAAGGACACGAUGGGCAACUCGGCGAAUUCCCUCGACUCCUUCCGCGAUGAUCUGAAGCCGAUGAUGCAGUGA